AUGGACAUCUUCCUGACACAUGGCUCUCCUGAGGUUAUCUUGACUGACAGAGGCCGUGAGUUCUGGAACCACGUCAACAUGAGUCUCUUCGACAGGUGCGGGGUGAAACACCGCAUGACUAGUGCCUAUCAUCCACAGACAAACGGAUUGGACGAAAGGACUAACCAGACCUUGAAGCGAGCCAUUGGGAAGACUCUGGAAGGUAGUCAGGAAAGGUGGGAGGACAACCUGAAAGAGAUUGCCAGUGAUACUCCUGAGGCUGAGGUUGUCGCGUCUGUUGAUGAGGACGAUGUUUCAGCGUUUAUGUCCAGUCGAGCUGAGAAAGAUGCAGCUGUAUUUGACCAGGUGCGUGACAACAUCCAGAAGGCCCAGGAAAGGCAGAAAUCUUCCUACCGGAAGAAGAGCAAAAAGGGAGUGAAGCGUUUCACGGUCACUCCUGGCAUGGUGGUCCUGAAGAGGAACGAGCGGAAACGUGGCAGACCUGGUAUGACCAUGCUUCCUGAUUGGUCGUCCACUGAGUACAGGGUCAUCAGUGUGGACAACAUCCUCGUCCAGCUGGAGACCAUGGACGGUCAACCACUCGACGCUUCAGUGAAGCCUCUGCGGGGGCAGCCUGACAUGUCCACAGACAGAGCUGUUGGAAUGACAUCUGCUGACAGCUCAGAUGUUGUGGACAACACACUUCAGGUGACAGGCAUCGCAAUCGCUUCUGUGUCUGCUCAGGCAGAGACUGGGGAAUCCAGUGAUUCACCCAUCUCUAAGGUCGAGCAAGACACACAAGAGGUAUAA